CAGACUCUCUCCACUCUGCUUCCACUGCCCCUGUUUCUCUUAACCUCCUCCCCUGUUUCUAUCCUAAACAGCCAUGGUAGUAAUCACCAAGCUCUCAGCAGUCGAGCAACUCCCCAUUACAAAGCUUCACCGCCCAGUCUCCGGCAACUUCGCCGGCGACGUCCCCCUCGUCGACCUAACCUCUCCCGCCGCCGCGGCUCAGGUUGUAGCAGCCUGUGAGGAGCUCGGUUUCUUCAAACUCACUAACCAUGGCAUCUCCUUUGAGCUCAUAGAUAGGCUUGAGUGCGAGGCAGUGAAGUUCUUUUCGCUUCCGAUUUGGAAGAAAGAUGCCGCCGGCUCCGCCGCGCCGUUCGGCUACGGUAGCCGGAAGAUUGGCACUUGGGAUUUUGGCUGGAUUGAGUAUCUGCUGAUGCAAGCUAACUCCAUUAACCCAGCUCUCUCGAGCUCUUUUCGCUCUGCUUUAAGCGACUACAUAUCAACUAUAAAAAACCUAUCUUGCGAGCUUCUCGAGCUCAUGGCUGAAGGCCUCGGGCUCCAGCCAAGGAAUAUCUUAAGCAAGCUUCUAAUGGAUGAAGAAAGCGAUCUAAUGCUCAGGCUGAAUCACUACCCCCCGUGCCCAUCUUCUCAACAGCGCAACAACAUCUCCGUCACCGGCUUCGGCGAGCACACAGAUCCACAGGUAAUCUCAAUUCUCCGAUCAAACAACACUUCAGGCCUUCAGAUUUCGCUCAGAGAUGGGAGAUGGGUCCCUGUCCCUCCCGACCAAAGCUCCUUUUUCGUAAAUGUCGGAGAUUCUUUACAGGUGCUGACGAAUGGGAGGUUUAGGAGCGUUAAACAUCGAGUUUUGGCGAAUAGUGUACAGUCAAGAUUGUCUAUGAUCUUCUUCGGUGGGCCGCCAUUGAAGGAGAGAGUAGCUCCUUUGCCGCUGUUGAUGGAGGAAGGUGAAGAGAGUCUGUAUAGAGAGUUCACUUGGUGUGAGUAUAAGACUACGGCGUACAAGACGAAGCUUGUUGAUAAUAGACUUGGACUCUUCGAGAAGAAUUGAGGUGUUUCUGCUGGUUUUGUUGGUCUUCAAGGAAAAUGGAAUCAAUGGUUUAUUGUUUUUUUUUUUUUCAUAGGUUUUUUUAGUAGUACUUAAAAGAGUGUUAUUUUGAAUAAUAGUUUUAUUAGUUGGUAUUAUGCUAGUUUUAUCAACACUAUCACCAUCCGUUCGAGGAUUAAUUAUUCUGUGCGGACAUCGAAUUCCGUCUGAAGAUCAACUAGAAUGUGUCACAUUAUAUCUUCGCUCGGUACUGUAGCUUGGUACUAUGCGGUACCGCUCGGUACCAUGGUUUGAUACCGCUGACGUAGUACAUUUUGGUUUGUCACCGGACGACAUUUUGCGUCUGAUCUCUGCACAUAAUAAUUUCUCCCAUUUGAGGAGUUUAUUUUUAGAGAAAUUCUUCUGUGGGUCCAGACAUGAAGCACCGUUUAGUUAUGUGAGGAUACAAACUGUGUAUAUAUUUGUUCAUAAUGUAUAUCAUAUCAAUGUACACAAUAUGUACCUUCAUAUAUACAGACGGUUCUUCCGAUACAGACUCAAGGCUUUCUCCUACUA